GUAGUGGGCAUAAGUUUUUCUCCUGAGUUUUGCUUGUGCCUGUGCAGAGCUAUCCUGUCCUGCCCCCCGGGGCUGGCUCUGGGUGUAGCAAUGCUAUGUACCCUGCUGUGAGUCCUGGGAUCGGUAUGUACCUUAGCAGUUGUUAGCGCUUAGGAGUUGGGGGUGGGCUGGGGCGGGUUAGUUAAACUGUGAAAAAGAAGCACAAACAGCCUUUGAAUCUUUUCCUCUUGGUUUGCGUUGUUGCUUUUGGGCCAGUGGUUGCCAACACUUCAUUCUUUUGCUAUCCGUUUUUAAAUUAGCCGUAUUCAGACUACUUUGGGCAGGGGAGACUAUGGCCAGCCUGGAAAGCUGCAUAUUUACUAGAUCUGAUAAACCUGAAUUUUCCCCUGCUGUUAAAGGGAAGAGAARUGUACUGGAGAGAGCAAGAGUAAAUAUAACUGUGCUCAGCUGGUACCAACAAUAGGCUUUACUUCCUGGGAGGACUGCCUUUGUAGCAUUUUGUUAUCUUGCUUAAGAUGCCGAAUAUGCAGAAAAUCAGGAGCACUUUGCACUUUUUGGCUGCUUUUGAACUUUGGCCAGUUGGUCAGGAUUGAUUAUCAACCCAGAUAGCUAAUUGCACUGCUUCUCAUUUCACUGAACAAAGGUGCUGUGGCUGGAGUCUCAGGACACRACCUGUCAAGUAAAACAUUCGAGGUGGAAGCUAGGAGCUUACUAUGGAGCUGAGUGAGAAGGGAGGUGUGGAGAACAAUGGAUUUGUUCAAAAUGAGGCUUUUGAGGACAAGGAGACAGAUACCAGUAGCCAAGAAGAAAUGCCAAAAACGUGCAGUAUUCUUGUGGACCCGGUGGCUGUGGAGGAGACAGUGUUGAAGCCUUAUGCUGGGAUGCCAAAGGAAGUCUUGCUGCAGUUCUCCAGCCAAGCCCGCUACAGAGUCACCAGGGARAUUCUCUUCUGGCUCAUAAUUGCUGCUUCUGUUGCGCUUGUGGGUGCUACAAUUGCCAUCAUUGCUCUCUCUCCAAAGUGCCUUGACUGGUGGCAGGCUAGUCCUAUCUAUCAGAUCUAUCCUCGUUCCUUCAAGGACAGCGACAUGGAUGGCAAUGGGGAUCUGAAAGGUAUCCAAGAAAAACUGGACCAUAUUACGUAUUUGAAUAUAAAAACCAUCUGGAUCACCUCUUUCUUUAAAUCCCCUUUAAAAGACCUUGGAUAUGGAGCUGAAGACUUCUAUGACAUUGAUCCCAUUUUUGGAUCAAUGAGAGAUUUUGAGAAUCUGAUUGCAGCCAUACAUGACAAAGGGCUAAAGGUGAUAAUGGAUUUAAUACCAAACCACACAAGCGACAAGCACUGGUGGUUUCAGCUGAGCCGCAAUCGGACUGGGAAGUACACGGAUUACUACAUCUGGCAGGACUGCGUGCAGGCUGCUGGCUCAGUCAUUCCUCCCAACAACUGGGUGAGUGUCUUUGGGAAUUCCAGCUGGCAGUUUGACGAGGUGAGACAGCAAUGUUAUUUCCAUCAGUUUGGGAAGGAGCAGCCAGACUUAAAUUUUCGCAGCCCCGAUGUGCGACAAGAAAUCCAUGAUAUUAUUAAAUUUUGGCUUGGCAAAGGAGUUGAUGGAUUUAGUUUCGGCACUGUUAAAUUUCUCUUGGAAGCAACACAUCUCCGGGAUGAGCCUCCAGUGAACAAGUCUCAGAAUGGAGAGAGUAUCACAGCCUAUUCCCAGCUCCACCACGACUACACGACCACGCAAGUUGGUUUGCAUGACAUCAUCCGCAGCUUCCGUCACACCAUGAACGAGUUCAGCAGAGAACCUGGCAGAUACAGAUUUAUGGGUUCUCACGAUGAUGAAAAGGAAGACAUUGAAGCAACAAUGAUGUAUUAUGGAACGCCUUUUAUCCAAGAAGCCGAUUUUCCAUUCAAUUUCAACCUAAUUAACAUGAAAAAUCUAUCGGGCAACAGUAUUUUUGAAGCAGUCGACUUGUGGAUGAGAAACAUGCCUGCAGGAAAAUGGCCAAACUGGGCAGUUGGAAGCCCUAAUGCUGCUCGGCUUUCAACUCGGAUUGGGUAUGAGUUCGCCGAUGUCAUGAACAUGCUGCUUUUAACCCUCCCUGGUACUCCUGUAACUUACUAYGGUGAAGAAAUAGGUAUGGAGAACAUUGCAUCAGAAAAUGUAAGUGAAGAGCAUGUAAACUCUGCUCCUGUUGUUAAAUCCCCCAUGCAGUGGAAUGGAGAAGUUAAUGCUGGUUUUACUGAAGGCAACAGCAGCUGGUUACCUGUUCACUUCAACUACCAAAGUAUAAAUGUGGAAUUCCAGAAGAUGUGGUCCACCUCAAAGCUGAGUUUGUACAGAGCACUGACCUCACUUCGGAACAGUGAGCUCGCCAUGAACCGAGGGUGGAUGUGCYACAUCUGGAGUGACAACGACGUGUUUGCGUACGUCAGGGAGUUGGAUGGCUUAGACAAAGUCUUCCUGAUGGUGCUCAACUUCGGCCAGAAGUCCACAAUAGAGCUGAAGGCCAUUGUUCCUAACCUUCCAGAUGAAGCUGUUGUAAGACUAGAUACUCACUUYAAAAAUAUUACUAAAGUUACCACUACCCAGCUACUUACAACUGAAAGGGGAGAAGGCCUGGUCCUUGAAUACAAAACAACAAAGCCUGUUCAUACUAUGGAAUCUUUUCAAGGGAAGUGUUUUGUGGCAGAAAAAGCUUGUUAUUCUAAGGCCUUCAAUUUACUCUACACGAACUGUUAA